AUGGCCAAAACCACAUUGACCCUCCUGACAUUGGCUCUUCUUCUUCUUCUUCUUUCUACACCCGCACACUCGACUUCACCGCCGGCCAUCUACGUCUUUGGCGACUCCGCUGUGGACGCCGGUAACAACAAUUUCUUGGACAUAGAAAUAAAAUCGAAUUUCGCACCUUAUGGCAUAGAUUACCCCGGUGGAGUCGCUACAGGCAGAUUCACAAACGGUCUUACGUUUGCUGAUUUCAUUUCUCAAUGGUUUGGCCUAAUGCUCAUACCGCCGAUCAUGGAUGGUCAUUCUACACAGGGUGCAAACACUAAAGGUUUCAACUAUGCAUCCGCUGCAGCUGGUUUACUCCCCAAGACCUGCGAAGUUACUAAAAACCCCAUGAGCAUGGGAAAACAGGUGGAGUUAUUUACAAAGACUGUUAACGAAUACCUGCCAUCCUUGCCAAUGUACAAGGAUAAAGCAGCUCUGUCAAGCGACUUGUCAAAGUCUUUUUUCCUUGUUCAUAUGGGCAGUAAUGACUAUAUGUUGAACUAUUUCGAUCCUAAUUUUUCUACAGCCAAAGAACACAAUCCUGAACAAUUUGCCGAUCUUCUCGUUACAGAAUUAGGAAAAAGUUUAGAGGAGUUGAGCAAUCUGGGAGCCAGGAAAUUUAUAGUGUUCGGAAUCGGUCUAUUGGGUUGUACGCCUGUUGUCAUAGAUAAAAUGAAAGUAGAGACGAAGUGCGCUGAGAGUGUGAAUGAAGCAGUUAAAAUUUUCAACACCAAGCUUGAGGCUAAGCUUGUCCAAUUGUGCUCUACUCUCAAGGGCUCAACAUUCACUAUGGGAAAUCCCUACAAUCUUGGUCGAGAAGUUAUGGACAACCCCGGCUUUAAAGAGACUAGAAAACCAUGUUGCGGAAGUGGAGAUGGAAAAGGACCAUGCUCGAGGAAUCAAGUUCCUUGCCAAGAUAGGACGGCAUACAAAUUCUGGGAUUUUACUCACCCAACACAAGCAACACAUGAGCUUUUAGCAAAAAAAUGUUUUGAUGGCACUGGAGUGUGCACUCCAUUGAAUUUGAUUGAACUCAUGCAAAAGAUUUAG